AUGAUCAUUGGCCCGUUCUUUUUCGAAGAUGAAGCUGGCGAAACGGUUAUCGUCAAUCAGGAGCGUUAUCGUGAUAUGAUAAGUGAUUUUUUGAUGCCAAUUGUUCAUGAUAAUGGUAUGGAGCACUUCUGGUUUCAACAAGAUGGCGCUCCACCACACACAGCUCGAGCCACUAUCAAUUUUUUGAAACAAUUGUUCCCUGGACGUUUGAUGUCAAAAAAUGGUGAUUUUGAAUGGCCACCGCGUUCACCAGAUUUAACGGCUCCAGACUUCUUUCUGUGGGGCUAUUUGAAAUCAAAGGUUUAUGUCAACAAGCCAAGGACCCUAGACGAACUUAAGACCAACAUCCGACAGGAAAUAGCCGCCAUAUCGGCCGAAACAUUGUUCAAAACGAUGGAAAACGCUGCAAAACGGGCACUACUCGCCAUGCAGGCUCAAGGCGAUCAUUUAAGAGAUAUCAUAUUCAACAAAUAAUGUACACAAAUCUCCUUGA